UGUUUAGAUUAGAAAAUUUCAAAGUGUCAACUGCAUGUAAUUAUUAUUUGAAUUAGAUUUAGAUUAGGUGGAAAAGUUUUAAUUAAAUGCGUUUCAAAUUUUGAUUCGGGGUGCUCUGUUAAUUCCCCUGUGACGCAAUAAUUCGCCCUCAAAGAGAGCAUUUCCAUUUCGUUCGUGUUUGCUCAUGAGAGUAGCUCUUGUGAUAAAUUUAAUACCUAAUCAUAACUAUAAUAGUUUGUAAAUAUGGGAAGAGUAAUAUUAAAUUUCUUUUUGGUAACUUUUGCCGCAUUUGCCGUCAUAGGAUAUGAUGUCACAUCUCAUGGCAGUCUAGAAUCUUCCUAUUUUGGUCGUUACUUGAAAGGAGCUGGAUUAUUAAUUCACGUAAAACCGUAUUAUUCUGUAAUCGAGGAACAGACUAUUUCAGUAUACAAGUGGGGCCAGAAGAAUUUCCCGUACGAAGAAUACGGCGCAGUUAAAAAUAAAACCAUUGAAAUUUCAAAAAAGGUGACCAAUCAAGUAGUAGUCUUUACCAAAGACAGCUCAGCAAACAUCAAAAAAUAUAGUACAUUUGUCUUUGAAUGGGUUUCACAUAAUGUUAAACCAUAUCUUUCGGAAGGUGUGCUUAAAUUUCUGAACAAUGGAUAUAAUGCUGUUGCCGAUGCACUUAACAAAAUAGGCCAAUCGACAACGAAAGCAUCAAAAUGGUGCGCGCAAAAUAUUAAACGCGAAAAUAUUACCUGGGAGAAUUUUGAGAAAGCGUAUUUCAGUUUCGCUCAGCAAGUUAAAUUAUACUACACCAAUGUUUCAAGUUGGGUCGGAAGAAAAGUCACUUGUUUGAUUAAUUCUUAAAAUUUAUUCGGAUUUUCGCUUCAUACCUAUAUUAUUGUUCGAGUAUUUUUUAGAAACUGUAUCAUGAACUAAAACUAUAGUCAGUUUAAUUGCUUUACUCUUAAUUGUUUAUCGCUUGUGCGAUACGAUAACCUGAUAGGAAAAGGGCAUUCCAACUGUAAGUAAUGAUAGCUUUAAUUAUCAAUCAUUCCAUUGUGUACGAACCAUGUCUAACUGCAUGAAAAUGCUACCAUCGACCUCAUACUCUUUAGAUUGGUAGUACACGGUGAUGUAUUUAUAAUUUCUUAGUCCGCCGUCGCUAGAAUGUCAUUUCUACGUGUCUUUGUCUUUUAUACAUUAUUGUUUUCUACGAAUGAUGAGUAUCUCAUUUUCAUCACAAAAAUCUAAGCAAGAUUAGAUUAAGUGGUUUUGUAUACAUAAUGUAGCUUAAAGUUGUACUUAUUUUUCGGUACCUUUGUAUAAUUUGUGUUCGCUUUUAUUUUUAUUUUAUAUUAUUUUGGUAGCUUUUUAUUUAUUUUUUCUAUUAUACUUCAUUUUUAAAUUACAGUUUUUGUAUAUUAUUUUAUGUUGUGAUUAAUGUUCUUUUUAUUUGAAGUGUUGAUUGUGCUCGUAUUUCAUUUGGAAUGACUGUAUCAUGAAAUUAGUUAAUAUAAUCAAUGGUAAAUAUCGGUAUCAUAAUUGUGUAUUUUAGGAUAUAGUUGUUAUAUUUUGAGCAAUAUAUGGAUGCGUAUGGAA